GGAUUGUAGGAGAUGAACUUGGCCUCGCAGACGGUUCUCGAGGGUCUCAACGCCUGCCUUGACCACCGAGGAGAGGUGUACAUUGCGGAAUUGGACCAGGUUUUCAAGCGUCAUCCCGAUUUCAAGCUCUUUGCCGCUCAGAACCCGCAUCAUCAAGGCGGCGGCCGGAAGGGUUUGCCCAGCUCCUUCGUCAACCGCUUCAUCGUGGUCUACUCAGACGUCUUCACCAAACAGGACUUGCUCCAUAUCACGGCCAGGAAGUUCGAAAAGAUCGGAAGCAAGACCCAGCAGCAACUUAUUGAGUUCAUGUCCCGACUAGAUGACGAGGUCGUCGGACGCCGGUCGUUUGGCGCCCUGGGCUCCCCUUGGGAAUUCAACCUGAGAGACACCCUGCGGUGGGGCGACUUGUUGACGUCGCCAAGCGCACUCGUCGCCGGCCGGAAGCCGGAUGACUACCUGGAUGUCAUCAUCCGACAACGCUUUAGGUCGGACAGGGAUCGGCAGGAGGUGAACAGGCUUUUUGCCGAGGUCUUCGAGCGAGCACCCGAAGAACAUGGGCUGUACCACGACAUCAACCCCUACUUCGGCCAAGUCGGGCUUGCGACGCUCAAGAGGAACCCUUUAUCCCAGCCGACCCCUUUUCCCUGCAUCGAUCCGGUGGUACGGCUCAAAGAGAUCGAGUCGAUCAUGAUUGCCAUCGAGCAGGACCUGCCGUGCAUACUAGUCGGUCCAUCAGGCAGCGGCAAGUCGGCCCUUCUCGCCCACGUUGCUGCGCUUGCCGGGAAAUCGCUGGUCAUCUUCCCUCUCAACGCGGACGUCGAUGCCAUGGACCUCAUUGGAGGCUUCGAGCAGGCGGACCCUCACCGAGAUGUUCAGGCUUGCCUGUCCAAACUCCAACGGACACUUCAGGAGCUGAUUCUUCGCGCUCUUCCAAACCCCGUGCCCGACCCUGUGUUGGACCUGAUGACUGCUCUCCAGCACCUGACCGGAGAAGCACGGCAAUACGAGAGCAUCCUCCCGCUUAUCGAGGGGCUCCAGGUCAAUGCGUCAAUCCCACAGGACCUGGCUCCGCUUCUCUCGGCAGCGUCGGAAGCCCUCCGCAAGCCCCUGACGCUAGACAACCCGCGCUUUGAGUGGCUUGACGGCGUGAUUGUCAGAGCAGUCGAGACCGGCGCCUGGCUGGUUCUCGACAAUGCUAACCUGUGCAGCGCCUCGGUGCUGGACAGGCUCAACUCGCUUCUUGAGCGUCCGAACGGCAUCCUGAGCAUCAACGAACACAGCGGCCCGGGGGGGGAGCCGAGAAUCGUCAGGCCGCAUCCGGACUUCAGGAUCUUCUUGACUGUGGAUCCCCGGUAUGGCGAGCUCUCGCGGGCUAUGAGGAACCGUUCGAUUGAGAUUUACCUUGGCCCCUUGCCGGAGGGUAUCGCCGCUGUUGAGCGCAUCGCGCCAAUAGAGGGCAGCCUGCAACGGUUCCACACCGCCGCCGAAACUCUGGACCGAAUGAUCGAGGAUGGGCAGCUUGUACCGCAAACUUUUGAUAUUCUGUCGCUUGGGGAUAGCAAACGUCUGGAAGGCUACGUGCAGGCCGCUCGCGAGGGCCUGGCUGGGUCUUCGCUCUCCCUGAUCCGCUCGCCUGCGGGCGUUCACCACCUCGAACCACUGCUAUCCUACAUCAUGUCCGGUGACGACCGUCCCUUAAGAAGAGCAGUUGGCGAUUUGUGUCCUUCCUCGUCGGACAAGCUGUUGAUGCCGCUUCACCCGCUCGUCAACUCGCCCAUGAUCCCGGUCCUCAACAUCGGCCGUGAAGGGCUUGUGUACUGGCUCGCCAGCUCCUACGAGUUCCUUGUGGAGAUUCAACGCUUGGAGAAGAGUAUGGAGGCGCAGCUUGCAAAGGCCAAUAUCAGCAAACCGUCCUCAAUGAACCGCCUCCAGAGGUCUUCGCUUGCCGACAAAAUCGCCUCCCUCUCCCGGGACUCAACAGCCAAUGCUGCGAGGUUCCUGUCCUCAGCUCUAGGCGCGAUCAAAUCGUUUCUUCUGCAGACAUUGGAGGAGCCGGGCUCCUGGAAAAAGCGCCACUCAACGGUAAGGAGGUUGAUGCUUUUCUGGAAGAGGACGUUCGAGGCGUUGAUUGCGACGUCGUUUGAGGAGGCCCGGUUCCAAGCGCACUUGACCCAGGGGUCGAACCUCAUCCAUGGCAGCCUGUCUGCUCUGCUGGCGGCUGAUUACCAGGACUUCCUCUAUACAUUGCUCGGAUACCUAGAGCGCGACUUCGUGGUGGGAUUCAAGCUAUCCAGCGGGCUCAGCAUGGAGACACUCUGGUAUUAUCUACGCCCGGACCCCAUUCCUGAUCGGCAGACACUGGAGCAUGUAAUGGAGCUGGAACGCCUAGCCGACCGUUUCGACUCGCUGCGCUGGCGCGUUGAUGCCAGUAUUUCCACCCUGCGCACCAUCCAGGAUGCGAUGGCGCGGGUGUACGCCGUCAUCCGAACUGGCAAGGGCGACGCCGCCAGCCUGGUCAAGGACCUGCAAUCAGAGAUCACCACACUCGAGUCCAAGCUUGGAGUACACGCCACCACGCACCACCCCUUCUUCGCCUCUGCCUUCGAGGGCCUCCGACAAACCCAGGUGCUCCACCAAGUCUCCCUCGAAACCCCCAUGCAGCACGGCUGCUCGGAUGUCGACGUGCUCGCUAGCAUCCCCACCACCAGCUUAAUGCGUUUGCAGUGCCUGAAGCAAACCCCCCUGAAAGCCGUUGACUACAUGUUUGUCGAGGAAAGCAGCGAGGUCCGUCCAUGGGGCGGCGUCCUCUCCAAGGCGCUGCUGCUCAAGUACGACGCGGCAUCGUCGGCAAACCUGCACGAGCUGCGCUCGCUCGAGGUCGAGAUGCCCAUCAUGGGCAGGACGCUGGCCGCCGCUUCGGAGGCGCUCACGACCGAUCCGCUGGUGAAAGUAGAGCGGCUGCUUCUGAGGCUGAUGGAGGAGGUGGUUGCGGCGCACGGAGAGCGGUGCAGGGCCAUCGUGCCGGCUCUGUAUGAGGACUUGAUCGUGAGGGAGGACGUUUGCAUUGCCCCGGGCGUUGAUCUUGGCGCCUGGCUUCCGCAGCAGGCUGGACCAGAGAUUCUUGUGGAUGAUCAGCUGCCUCAACACCUUGCUUCGGUCUUCAAGACGCACUUCUACAGAGCCCUGCUGGCGUUGGUGGCCGCGGCAAAGGGAUUCCAGCCGCGAUCGGCGACGACAUCUGUCGCCUGGGUCCACUUCGCCUUGGGCUGUAUCCAACUCUUCGUGCCCGACAAGAUCUUUGACCCGCACCAUCUCGCACUAGUUGCAGCCGAGGAGCACAACGAGCUGUAUCAGAGUCUGCAGAAUCAGGUUAGUGCUCUCGAGGCUUUCGAGCUUGCCUUCACCGGCCAGCGGACCAGCGUCCGGAUUGAACUGCUCCUCGAAGAGGCCCGGGAGCUGGGCGAGCCGCCGUCGGUGCAGCAGAUCUAUCGCCCGGGUGACGGUGAGCUCCGCAGCCUGCAAGGCGAGUUCAGCAACGUGCUGAAUGCGCUGAUCCGAAACGAUGUCGCUGCGACACACCUGCGCUCGCUUGCAUCGGCGUCGAAUGAGGCGGCCGAGGAACUGGCGCUGGUCGAGCGGAACGUGACGCUGUUGAUCGCUCGCUUGACGAAGUUCGGCGCCUACCAGGACUUGACUAUGCCCCUGGUUAGCUUCCUCCGUUGUCUGAGGAUGGGUCUCUCUCUUGGCAGGGGUGUUGGCUCAAACAAUGAGGCUGUGGGAAGGGAAAGCGGCUCGCGGGCGCUAGUGGGCGUCGCCCCGUUCCUGGGUGGAACGGUCUGGAGUGCGGAGACGACGGCACUGCCGAUCCGCACUUUCGAGUUCCUGUCGUUCGUCCAAGCUGUUACCGCUGUGGAAGGCCUAGACAAACUGCCCGUCUCCCUCCGUCGUUCAGUGCACGAGUCCCUGGCUUCCUUCCACGAGGAAUGGACGAAGAAACUCGAGGCAGACCGCAAGAUCGAGGAGAGCAAGACCAGUUUGUUCCGGUUCAAAGGCAGCCUGGAGGACCAAGAACAGUUCGACCAGGAGGAGUUCGACCAGCUCUUCCCUGACUACACCCCGGACGAGGACGGCGCGCCUAAGAAAAAGCCGCGCCGUGGUGGCCGCGAGCUCUCUGUCAUGCUCGCCGAAGCACACGAGAAGAUCUUCCUGUCCACGCAGGAACCGCAGCAGAGUAUGAAAUCGCUGUGCAUGCAGAUUGCUCGUCGGAUCUCGCGCGAGCACCAGGACAGUGCUAUUGUCGAGGCGGAGCUGGACCGCCUGCUGCUUCCCGCGGCAAUGCUCGUCUUCGACGAGCAGGUCAAGGCUUUCAGCGCGAGUGUAGACGCCUCAAGCUACAACUUCUACAUGGAUGCCAACCUCGCUGAGGUCCGCAAGGUGCUUGGUCUCGUCAACUCCAUCAAGAAGCGCUUCCUUGAGCUGCAGGGGAUCGAUGAGAUCGGCCACCACCAGACGCUGGCCGAUGUGAUCAUGGCGUGUGACAAGGUACUCGAGAUGGCGAUCGACGACCCUCUGGCAAAGAUUAUCACCGCCAUCGAGCGUCUGCAUGCGCACGUCUACGAGUGGCACGAGGGCGGCUGGGCCACCAGGGCGCACAAAGCCACGGCGCUGUACGAGAAGUUGCGGGACACCAUCUGCGACUGGCGCCGUCUGGAGCUCUUGAGCUGGUCGCGGCUGCUGGACGCCGAGGUCAAGAAGAACUACGAAGAUGCCAAGUCGUGGUGGUUCAUCGCCUAUGGUGCUGUGAUCCUCGAGCCGUGCUCCAUACUGCAGCAGGGUCUGGAUCUCAAGGACCAUGCUGUCAAGCUUCUGGCGAUUCUCGAGUCGUACUUCACAGGCGCCAGCCUCGGGCAGUUCAUUGCCCGUCUAGAUCUCCUCAGACAGCUAAAGAAUCAGCUGGAUAUGUUGGUGCGGGAUGAGCCUUCCUUGGUUCUGAUUCGCGACGCCGUUCAGAAUUUCAUUGCCUUUUACAGCCGGUACGAACGCAAGGUCGGCGAGACGAUCAAGGCUGGACGGGCGCCGCUGGACAGGAGCAUGAAGGACGUCUUGCUGAUGUCGAAGUGGCGAGACAAGAACAUCGACGCUUUGCGGGAGAGCGCUCGCAAGUCGCACCAGAAGCUGUUCAAGCUCGUGCGCAAGUUCCGCGCCGUGCUGGAACAGCCUGUCCAGACGCUCAUGGACCAGGGGCUUCCAGAUGAGGAUCACUCAAGCAGCGAUCUCUCCGGCACAGUGGUGAAGCCCGUUGCGGUCCACGUCGACCAAGGGCUGAUCAACCACUGCCAGCAGGCGAUUCCCAAUAUUGCGAGCAAUCCGCACUGGGCCCGGAUGGCCAACCUCCAAGCCGUUGUCAAGGCCAUGUCCAAGCACGGUUCCCUGCCGUCCGCCACUGUCAGCGCUGUCGAAACGCUCGACAGCUUCAUCACCGACCUCGCCUCGUCCAUCUCUGCCUUGCGCAAGGAGACCCCAGCUACCCUAACGGACGAGAACAAAGAGCUCGUACGGCACCUCAAGACUCGUAAGGUCACUCUUUACAGCGACACCCUCAAGGCCCUCCGCGCCAUGGGAUUCAGCCGCAACCUCGGCACCAACCUCCUCGAGCGGCAGCGCUCGACUGCCGCGGUCCUGGUCGGCUCAGGCGUCGUCGUCGGCUCCGCCACCCUGAGCGCGGCCAUCGAGUACUCCUACCACAAGAUGCUCGACCUGGCACCCCGCUUCCGCCACGCCGCGCUCGAGCAUUCGGACGAUCUGAACCGCGAGGUCGUCCACCGCAGUGUAGGCUACUUGGAGGGCGUGCUGCAUGUCAUGUUCCGCCAGCGGCAGUUCCUGGCGAGGGCUGCCGCGGAUGAGCGCCGUCUGUGCCAGGUGGUUGACGCUGUCGGGGAGCUUUCGGCGACGGACGGGGAGGCGUGCUGCCGGCCGCAGCGGAGAUCGGCAAACCACGCGCAGGUGGUUCGCUGGUUGGUGCAGGUGCUCCGACUGGGUGUGCACCUGGUCGAGGUGCAUGGCAGGCUCGGCGGGGCGGAUAAUGCGGCGGUUCGUGGCACGCUUGAGGGCUGGGCUGAGCUGUUUGCCAAGCUGGAUGCGGCGCAGGAGAGCCUGCCUCCUCUUCCUGAGGGCUUCACCUCGUCUGCCCAUGACACGCUUGAGGACGAUGUGGAGAGGGAGUUGGCCGCGCUCAAGGUCGGUCUGGCGGAGAUGGCCCAUGCCCGGCCUGACCUGGCAUUUGUUGUGCAGCAGAUCCAGCUGUGGACCAGUAUCCAAGCGACCGAAGUCAUUGAUGGCAGCGUCACUGAUCAGGGCAUCGACGGCUUCGCCGUUGCCGCGCUGACGCUCUCGAGCAAGAUUCUUGUGGCGCUGCAGAACUUCCAGAAGACUGCCCAGGCGCUGCCCCUGACCACGGACGAAGCCGGCUGGCUCAUCGACUAUGGCGACACCCUGCAAAAAUCGGUCGGUGUUCUCCGCAUGACCAAGAUUACCUCGGAAAUUUCCUCCCUCACCGACCAGCUCAAAUUCCUGUCCCCUUCCCACUCCGCCACCGCAACCGCGCUUCUCCGCCUCAUCCAUCCGGUCCUCAGCCAAUACGCCGCCCUCUGCACCCAAAACCUCACCCACUUCGCCCACUUACACCACAACGUCUGCCGCCUCGGCGCGCAGCUCGCCUCGUCCUUCGUGCAGAUCGCCGCCCAGGGGUUCUGCACGCCGCAAGAGAAGAGCGACGAGGAAGCGGGCGGCGCAGAGUCCGGCAAGCUGGAGAGCGGCACCGGCCUCGGCGAUGGCGAGGGCGCCGAGGAUAUCAGCAAGGACAUCCAGCCGGACGAGGACCUGUCGGAACUGGCGCAGGACGCGAACAAUAACAAGCCCCAGGGGGAGAUUGAGGCGCACGAGGAUGCCAUCGACAUGGGGGAGGAUGAGCUCGAGGGCGAAAUGGGGAGUGUAAUGGACGAUGAGGAGGAGGAUGAGGGGAAGAAGGAUAAGGAUGGGGAGGAAGACGAGGAGGAGGAUGAGAUGGAGGAGCAGGCGGGCGACGUCGAUGAUUUGGAUCCCACGGCGGUGGAUGAAAAGAUGUGGGAUGGGAGCGGGGAGGACGAGGCGGAGAAGGAUCAGCUGGGUAAUCAGGAGAAAGGGAAGCAGGACGAGGAUCAGAGUGCGGCGGCCGAGGGGCGGCAGAAGAAGGAGCAGCGGCAGGAUGAAGAGGGGAAUGCGCCGCCAGAUGGCGAUGAGGCUAAGCAGGAGGAGCAGGGAGGCGAGGAGGAGGAUGCCGAGAUGGAGGCGGGAGAGGAACCGGAGGGUAUGCCGCAGGAGGAGCUGAACCGGCAGGAUCAGAAUGUGCAGGAGGAAGAGACGUUGGCGCUGCCGGAGGAUAUGGAGCUCGAGAUUGGUGAUGGCGGGGAGGAGGAGAGCGAUGAAGAUGACGAUCUGGAUGGGUUGUCGGAUGUGGAGAAUGCCGAGGAGAAGCAGCCUGAUGAUGCACAGGAGGAUACUGCGUCCCAGGGUGAUGACGAGGAGGAGAAGCGCGGGGAGACGCAGCAGCAGAAAGAUGAGAACAUCCCCGAGGAGGAAGCGGAGCAGGAAGCCGAGGUUGAUGCAGCUGGUGAUAGAGAGGAAGAGAUGGACGUGGACGCGGAGGAGGAAGAGCGGAGGGAGGAGGAUGAGAAGAAGCCGCCGUUGCCUGACGACGGGACUGGCGCGAACCAGGAUGAUGUCGCACCCAGCGAUGUGCAAAACGGGGGAGGCUACGCCGAAGACGCGAACAUGCAAGACGACGAGGCCGAGAAUCCGGCCGCUCAAAGAGAGCAGGGUUCGCUCAGCAAGCAGGCGCCAGAGGAAGACAAAGCGCCGGGCAACAAGGGCGCCCCGUCGAGUCUCGACCAAGAGCAAGGCCCGUCCGACGAGGCGGAGGACGCGGGCUCGAAGGACGCGCAGCCGUUCAAGAAGCUCGGCGAUGCCCUGGAACGGUGGUACCGCAACCAGCGGGAUAUCCAGACUGCCUCGGAGAGUCAAGACAAGACGGAUAAGUCGGCCGAGGACAUGGCUCGCGCCGAGUUCCAGCAUCUGCAGGAUGAGAACGCCGAGGCUGAUGCCCAGGCUCUGGGGACCGCCACCGACGAGGAAGCUCGCCCGAUGGACGAUGCGAUGGCGGUCGACACCGAGAUGGACGAGGCUGAUAACCACCUCCUGCCCGAGGAAGAGCAGGAAGAGGAUGGGCAGGCGGAUGUGGACAUGAAAGACGUCGAGCCAGCGGAGCCCCAAGAUGCCGCCAAGGACCGUGAAGAUGGCCGGUCUGGCGUCGCCACACGCAAGGGCGCCUUCGAGACUGAGGACAAGGACGAGUUGCGCCGCACCGAAGGCGCCUCGGGGGAUGCCGAGGACAAAGAGAUACAGGAGACAACCCAACAACAGUUACCCAUCCGCCAGCAGGACACAACCGCCAAGCCGCUCCGUGACUACUCGGAAGCCCUCGAGAUGUGGACAAGGUUCCAAACCAAGACGCAAUCCCUCUCGCAGUCCCUCACGUCUCAGCUCCGCCUGAUCCUCACGCCGACCCAGUCGACCAAGCUCUCGGGCGCCUUCCGCACCGGCAAGCGGCUCAACAUCAAGAAGAUCAUCCCGUACAUCGCGUCCGGCUACAAGCGCGACAAGAUCUGGAUGCGCCGCGCCAUCCCGUCCAAGCGCGCGUACCAGAUCCUCCUCUGCGUCGACGACAGCUCGUCCAUGUCGGACGCCAACCGUGCCGCGUCGGGCCGCCUGGCGCUCGAGUCGCUCGUCAUGGUCGCGCGCGCGCUGACCGCGCUCGAGGCCGGCCAGAUCGGCGUGCUGGGCUUCGGCUCCGACGUGUUCGUCGCGCACGCGCUGACCGACCCGCCCUUCACCGCCGCCGACGCCGGCGCCCGCGUGCUGCAGCAGUUCACCUUCGGCCAGGACCACACCGACAUGGCGCGCCUGCUGCGCGCCACCAUCGACCACUUCCGCGACGCGCGCCUGCGCCAGCCGUCGUCCGCCGGCGGCGAGGACCUCUGGCAGCUCGCCCUCAUCCUGUCCGACGGCCUCGUCCAGAGCAGCGAGCACGCGCGCCUGCGGCCGCUGCUGCGCGAGGCCCUCGAGCAGCGCGUCAUGGUGGUCUUCAUCGUCUUGGACGACGUGCGCGAGGGCAAGAGGAGCCACAGCGUGCUCGAGCUGAAGGAGGCGCGCUUCGGGCCCGACGGCAUGCCCGUCCUUCACCGCUAUCUCGACUCGUUCCCUUUCCCCUAUUACCUGAUUGUGCAUCACCUGGAGGAUCUGCCGGGGGCCCUGGCGGCGUUGUUGAGGACAUGGUUUGCUGAGGUGAAUUCUUAGGGGUGCUGUCUAUAGACUUGGAUUUUUGGCUUUCUUGGUUUCUAUUUCUUUCCCUGCUUUUGCUGUACGGAGUUCGGUCGGAGUUUGGCAUGGAAAAGUUACAGUAGAGCAUGCUUGUCAUUAGAGUAGCUAGUUACCUUAACCUGAGAUUGUAUGUCUCCAUCGGUCUGUGAAGUUGACCAUGUUAGAGAGAGGAAAUGGUUGACCUGACCGACACCUCCCCUUGUUGACCUGACCCGACCGACGCCCCCCCUUGUUGACCUGACCGGCAAGGGGGGCUG